AUGGUGUGCGCCGUGCCUCACUGUGGGUGUGAGACGCCACCCGCCACAACCCGCUGUGGGGCGUACUUCCAAUCCGUCGGGGCAGAGAGAAGUAAAGGACAGCGCCGUGGACCUGUAUGCGCUCCGUCCCUCUUGUUGCGGCCGUGGGUCUGCUGUGCGCAUGACUCUAUCUUGCGGUGCGACGUGGAUGGCGGUGCUUCUGCGUGCGUUGUGCGGCGGGCUUCUCUUCUCCACGUCUUUGCCCUUUUGUGUGUGGGGAAGUUGUGGGAGAGGAUGUGUGCGGGGAGUGAGUGUGGGUGGCUUCCUGCCUCGCCCUGCGCAUUGGGGGCUUCAAUACACGUGGAUUUGCUUGACGGCGUUUCGCAGCACCCAGGGCGUGGCGAGGAGGAGGAUGGGAAAGGUCUGUUGUGGACAGAGGGUGGAUGGACAGGACAGUCCCCUUCUGUGUCCUUCCCUGUGCUGUUGGCAGCACAUACUGAGAGCAUAAAUUUGCGCAAUUACAGGAGGAAACGUUUAUGCCGCUUUGUGUGUGCCACUCCAUCGUCGUCGUUGCACGCUGUCGUCACGGUGCGUUUUGGUGCGGUGCCGUCUGAUGAGGGAAGAGUGCGAUGCCGUGGCCGCUGCGCACCAAGACCAUUUAUUGCCUCUGCAUCGGCCUUUUUAUUUUUGCACUUGCAUAUUUUUCUUUUGCUUCACGAUGAAUUUGUUGGAGGGGCUUUGGCUUUGGCACCGUGCUUCAUGGCGCUUUGCCUUUUGUGUCGGUUGCGGUUUUUCCACGCGAUACUAAAGCGUUUGGCGGCCGAGGAUUUGGAUAACGUGCUCUGUGCUGCCCUCUUCUCUUUUGUCAUUGCGGCAGCGGUGAGGCUCUGCGGCUGCGUGCUCGUCGCACGUGUCGCAUCUCCCGCUGUUGCUCCCUUGCUGUGUUGGUGGGGAGUGAGCGAGCGACAGCGUUGGUGA